AUGCCGUAUGAAGGUAUUUACCCCACGGGGGUGGGGUAUUCACGAAAAACGAGAGAGAGAGAGAGAGAGAGAGAGAGAGAGAGGAGCGUGAGGAUCUUGUACAGAAGAGCCCUGAAAGACACACUCAACUGGGCUGUACAUCGCCAUCUAUUUUAUCAAGAUGCAUCCGACAUGAGGGAGAAGUUUGAGGCCAACAAACAUGUGGAAGAUCUCGAUACAAUUGACAGAUUGAUUGCUGAUGGUGAAGCAAGGCAUAAUAAGUGGAGGCACCCUGAUCCUUACAUUGUUCCUUGGGCUCCUGGUGGUUCAAAAUUUACACGAAACCCAGUACCGCCUUCUGGGAUCGAGAUAAUUUAUGACUAUGGGCGAGAAGAUAAUGACUGAAACGGUGCAUCCUUUUUUUUAUGCAAUAAAUUGAGGAUGAAGUCUCUAAUCCAUUUUAGGUGAUUCAGUUGACUGUGUGCUAUAUGCGUAUUUGUUUUAAGAACAUGGCAUGUUGAAAUGACCUCUGCAGAACCAACUUAUAAUGGGAGCUUUUAAAAUAUCCUUGCAUUUGGAUGGAUACAUUUCUUUAUUGCUCUUUGGUUGAAGUUUAGAGUGAAUUAGGUGUAUAAAAGUAUCCAAUCCCUGUAAGUGUCUGUGUGCUGGGAAUUAGGGGUUGUUGCUCGACAGCCUGAUUGAUGAUCAAUAUGGUUUUAUCUCCUGGUUUAUGAAUGUGAUACAGUAAAAUCAUUUUGAUUAUCUAGCCAA